AUGGCAGACUCCGAGCAAGGAGAUCGGCCAUCAGAGGGGCGUCAUGUGAUUUACUGUGGAGUGUGUACUCUGCCUCCCGAGUACUGCGAAUAUGGCGGAACUGUAAAGAAAUGUCAAGAAUGGCUGGAGGCCAACCAGCCGGAGAUGUAUGCCAAGAUAUGGUCACCAGAGGUCCUUGAGGCUGCCACUGCCGCCUUAUCUGUGGACGCGCAGAAGCGAGCCGCGCGCGAUGCGCAGAAGAAGGCCGCCAAGGCCGAGGCCGCUGAGGCGAAACAGAACGAGAAGCUCGCUUCAAGUACCAUCACGAUUAAGCGCAUCGAGCGUAACAAAAAGAAAUUCGUCACGGCCGUAUUCGGAUUGGAGGCUUUCGGCCUAGACUUGAAGAAGGUGGCGAAAGACUUGGGCAAGAAAUUUGCUACGGGGUCGUCGGUCACCAAGGUGCCAAGUGGUGGAGAGGAAAUUGUGGUUCAGGGCGAUGUGAGCGAGGAGUUAGAGGAGUUCCUUUUGGAGAAGUACAAGGAUAUCCCUGGUGAGAACAUCGAACUCGUGGAUGACAAGAAGAAGAAGAAGGCUGCGGCUGCGGCCGCAACUUAG